AGCUCCGCGGAACUGUUUUCGUCACGAACCGGAAGCUGCCAGGGUGACAUUUGUACAGGACGAAGGCGUGGACGUUCAUAUGUUCUGAGAGUCGAUGCUCUUCUAGCUCGUGCGUAGUUUUGUAUAUUUAUGUGUAAGUGUAUAUAUUAAAGAGCGUCAUGGCGGCGUGGAGCUGUCGGUUUCUUCUUCGGCGGGGAACUCAGCUCGUUUCUCUGCGAGCAGCAGCUGAAAGUCCUUCCCAUUUGGUUGGUUGUAUCAGGACAGUAAAAACCACAACAUGGUUUGAUGAACACCUUACAGAGGAUAAUCAGGAGUAUAUGAGGAAGAUCACAGCAGAGGAAUACAGAAGACAAACAGCUGACAAGCUCAACCCUCUGAAAGAUGAGCCCUGGCCGCGACAUGAGUGGACAGAGGGAAGUCGAAGAGUUGGAAUAGUAGCCGUGAAGUUGGGAAUGGCUCCUGUCUGGUCAAAGACGGGAGAAAGACACGUGGUCACCAUAUUACAGGUGCAGGACUGCCAUGUAAUAAAGCACCUGUCCAAGGAAGAAUUUGACGGACACACUGCCGCCCUUGUGGUAGGAGGGAAAAACGUAUCACCAUUCCAUAGAUCUGAAAGUCAAAUGGAGAUGUUCAGGAAUGCAGGAGUGCCUCCGAAACAAAAAGUCACCACAUUUAAAGUCUCCGACAACGCUCUCAUCAAGCCAGGCACUCCUCUGUAUGCAGCACAUUACCGUCCGGGCCAAUAUGUGGACAUCACGGCUAAAUCCAUUGGAAAGGGUUUUCAAGGUGUAAUGAAGCGAUGGGGGUUCAAAGGUCAGCCAGCCACCCACGGCCAGACCAAAACUCAUCGCAGACCGGGAGCGUCUGGACCUGGGGGGGAUCCAGCCAAAGUUUUCAAAGGGAAAAAGAUGCCGGGCAGGAUGGGCAACGUAUACGUCACAGCUUUCGGACUGAAGAUAUGGAGGGUCAAUACCAAGUAUAAUGUGCUGUAUGUUAACGGCUCCGUCCCCGGCCACAGGAACUGCUUACUGAAGGUGAAAGACAGCGUUCUUCCAACCAAGGCCUCCAGCCUGCUCAGCCCUCCUUUCCCUACCUACUUCACCGAGGAGGACGGCAACCUGGAUGAAGACCUGUACGACGACGACUAUUUCAUUCACACAGAGCCAUCAUUAACACUGACCUGACUUCACACACAUACACUCACACACGACAUGUUUACACCUAAACCCGCAAACUGUGGAUGCUGUAAUAAAGGCUAAUUCCUUUGAAGACCUUGA